UCGGAACUCAAAAAUGUCUCAAAUUUGGAAUGCCUUUUGUUAGCAUUUGUUGAGUCUAGAAUAUUCUACAGAUGUAUAUAAUCGCUUAAACGGUGAUUAAUCACAUGAAAAUGUUAUAUAAAUCAUAUUUUACCCAUUCAAUGCACGAUACACAACUAUUUUAUACCAGCUAAGUACGAAAUAUGGAGGUACUUCAGCAUAAUGGCAAAUAUACGAAUUGAAUAUGCUCUUCGAAGAAUCAUCAGACUUUUGCGUGCUAAUAAUUCCAGAGCUCAAUCCCAAUUUCGAAUGACAAAAUGCAAAAAUCAUCAUUUAUAUGAAUAUUUUUAUACAAAACUCCACAUUUUUCAUCGAAAAAACAAAAUACUCAACCGUAAAGUAUUCAUCAAAAGUACGAUUUAAAUCGUAUGUUUAUUGUGUCAAAAUAUAUUCGCAAAUCGGCUUGUUUAACCUUUUGAUCUUUAUACGCGCCAACAUAGUUGAACGCAGUUAAACUAAAAAAAGACGUGAUCAGCUGUGAACAAAAUUUUGAUUUACGAAUUUCGGUUUAAAAAACCAUACCAUUAGUAGAAUUAGUAAAUAGAUAAACAAGCAACACGUUUGGAAAUUGUUCAUUAGUUUAUUAGUUAGUAUGAAUAAUUUUCGUGUGCCUCCAUCACCGACUUGGUACACACCGCCGGUGACAACGCCAGAGAACGGGCUGUUAUACAUAGCCGGUAACCACACUUCAAUCGCAUACAUUCCGCCAGCCCAACGGAAUGAUGAUACAUCGAAAUCAACGACGAACGAUGCCAUUCCAAAUGCUCCUAACAUUCAAAUCAUUCAAACGCACAAUCAAUUCAAGGCCAUCGACUGUGAUCCCAAUUGGUCGUCAACCAAAUGGUUUGUGACAAUGAACGAACAAAAUAUGAUUUGGGUUUGGAAUUUGACAACGGAAAAGAUUUGCCGCGGUCACAAAGCACAUGUCACGAAUAGCAACGAUCGUCAGAUUGAUUCGGAUUCACAAUUGGGUGGUGCCAUGUGCAUCACAAAGAAUCGCCAAGUGUUGUCCAUUGACCGCAAUGCAUUUGUUCGAUAUUGCUUGGUGUCGAAUACGUUUUCCAUAUUUUCCGACAGUUUCGUUCCGAAGCGCGGCACAGUUAGCCUUUUGAAAACGUCACCGUACAAUCAGGACAUCAUUGCGGUUGGCUAUAAAAAUGGAUUGAUUAUUAUUGCAAAUUAUGCUGAAACGGUUGAGUUGCUGAAGCUAAGAGGUCAUGAUUCGGAAAUUGUUUCGCUUCAAUGGACGUUGAUUAAACAAACACUCUGCAAUGGAACUAAAGCAAAUCAGCAAAGUUUACCGGAACCAGUAGAAAAACUAGCAGUCAAAGUGGUUGAAUCAAAGGCAACUCCGUCCUCAACAAAAGCGAAACUCGACAAAACGACCGAGAAAAAGCCAAUACGCCGCGAACCACCAAAACCGAUUGUAGAUGCCGGUGACAUGUUUGACAUUCAUUCAUACGAUUAUUUGGAAGAGGAGUUCGGAACGAUUUCGAAUCGUGCUCCAAACGAAGCUCGUGAUGACGCAUCUGGUGACCGCAAAACGGGUACGAACAAUGAAAAUUUCAAUUUUGUUGAAGCAUGUCAAACGUUACGUGACCAAAUUCGCGCGGGAAAUCAGUCCGAAUCAGACGAUUCAGACGGUUACAUGGGUGGCAAUAGCAAUCAAUCGGCGGUGAAUAUGAUCGAUAUUCAAAAUAUGAUGAAGGCCAGAAGUCCCAUCAAGGAUGAUUCAAUAUUGUCCGACGAUUCUGAUGGGCCUGCCGAAAUUGAUGAACUCUCAAAUUUAAGUACAAUCGGCAGCAGCCAUAACACAACGGACAUUGUUGAACUCGAAGAUGUGAUCAAAGAUUUGAACAUCAACGAGGACACGCCGAAAGAAAGCGAUGGCAUUGUGUACUUGGCAUCCGGAGCACAGGAAUCAUCGGUUGUUAUUUGGAAUCCAAAAACUGGGGCAAUCGCUGCUAAAAUCCAAUUGAAAUCCGAAAAAGGACGCACCAAAAUUCCAAAACCAAAUUGUACAAUCACAUGGAUCCGUUCAGAUGAAUUCGUUGUUAAUGGUCCUGACGGAAGAGUAUCCACCUGGAAAGUACUUGAUGAAGGGAAUGUGAAUGAAAAUUUGAAAUUUACCACCGUUUCCACGGAGUAUCCAGACACAGCUGUGAUUAAUAUUUGUUCAAAUGUUGAACACAAUCCAGCGGCGCCGAUUGUAUGGACAUUUUCGACACAUCUGAACAUCAUUGGCCAUCGUUUCAACGAUGAAUCCAGUGAGAUUAUAUCAAAAUACUCGACAUUGCCAAUUGGAAUGUUCACGUUGCGUGAAUGCCCACAUGAUCCAAACAAGAUCGCUAUUGCCGGCAACAACAAACGGAUCAACAUAUUGGAUUUGUCAACGUUGAAGGAUGACAAUGUGGAAAUUCAAUCGCUAACGUCGAAAAUUCAAGCGAAAGUUCUUGCUCUGGCCUGGCAUCCGAUUAACGAAAAUUUGCUCAGCUUUAGCACAAACGAAGGACGCGUUGGUACAUUCAACAUCAGUAAAACUUCAAGUGCCCCCGAUUUAAUGAAGAAUUUCAAUGGAAAAGAUGUGUACAGUUUGUCUUUUAGCGUGGAUGAAGCGUCAAAAAAAUGCAUUUUGUUUGCAACAAACAGCCAUAAAUUGAUGAUGUUCAAUGAGAAUUCGAUCAAACAAGACGAUCAUAGUGCACUUGAAUACCAGGUGCCAGUCUCAUCGGUCAGCUCGAAUGGAAAAUAUAUAGCGCUUGGUUUCUCAAAUGGAACGCUGAAAAUCCUGUCUAAUGACACAGAAAAAAAGGAGGUGUAUUCUGAGGUUUUAUCGAAAAAGUAUUUGUCGGAAUUGUCAUGGUCACUGAUAAAUCCGAAGAAAUUAGCUGUAUCGACGAGUGAUAGCAGUAUUUUCAUAUUAGAAGAGAACGAUGAUGGUUUUAAGAAAACCGGUGAAUUGACUGGACAUCUAGCUGGUGUUUCAUCGGUCAGAUGGAGUGGACAGUCCGAAUACAAAUUGGUUUCGGCCAGUUUUGAUCACACCGUACGGGUUUGGGAUACACAAACGAUGGAAUGCAUCGCCUGGUCGGAUUAUGAAAAUAAAAUGCAUUGCGCUGCAUUUUUACCAACAGAUGAAAACUUUGUAAUAUGCUCUGGACAAUCGGAAACGAUGCACAUUUUCAAAAUUGAACAUCGACUCGUUGCGAGCAUUGGUGCUUUCGAGAACAAGAAGAAAAAGAAAUCAUUCAAUAGUGACGUUCAAUGGGGCACUCUGUAUCAAAAUGAGGCAUCGAAAUUGAGGCAACAAGAGAAGAAAAAAUUAAGGCAAUUGGAAAAGAAGGCAAAGGAUGAUGUUGCUGAAAUUGCUGACAAUCUAAGUGCUGUUAAACUUGUACCAGCUCCAGUGAAGCUGAGUUACACGACCAUUCUGCAUUUGACCAAUAAGGAAUUGAAUAAGGAGCCUCUUGGCCAUCUUCAACGCCUGCUCCAUAAAGCAUCGGCUUCCAACGGUACAGAUGGGGACAAAGCUAAUCUCUUCCAUGUCAAACUAUUCGGUAGCCGUGAGGAUGUUGAAAAAUUACUUGAGGAUGAAUUGAAAAAUCACAAAAGCUCCAAAACCGAGUCGAUUGGCAAUUUACUCAUUCCACAAAUCAAAAUUGAAUUGAAAGCAAACAUUAUCGAGAGCAUCGAAGGAAAACGUCUCACGGAACAGCAAGUCUCAUUGGCACCAUCCAUUUCAUACGAAUUUUGGAAGAACUGCUCUCUCGCCUUCGCCAAUCAAUGUAUCGAACAGGGAUUUGUGCUGCAAGCGAUUCCAUAUCUGUUAGCCUCGCAGCAAGUCAAUGAAGCCAUUGAAAAACUGUGCGAUGCACAUUUCUACCGUGAAGCAUGGUGUAUUGCUAAAAUGUCUAAAGAGCCUGAAGAUAAGAUUUUCGAAAUCAUCGUCAACAAAUGGAUUGCACAUCUCGAGUAUUUGGGAAAUCUUGAAGGGGCUGCUUUAAUCUCAUUUUUGGUGGGAAAGCGGGAAAUGUCGUACGAUAUACUGAAUAAGCGAAAGUUCAAAACACCCCAAAUCGAAGAAGUUCUCAAUAGUUUGUCUCAAACGGCAACGAACUAAACCGAAUCAAUCGAAUUCACCGUAUUUUAAUAAAGUUGCUUUGACAAAUGCUUUGGAACCGUUCACCACGCAAUGCAUGUGAUCCAACACAAGCAGAGUCAUUCGCACUUCAUUUUUAAUUAUUUUAAAAUGUAUCUUAUUUUUAUUUUCAUUCAGUUCAUAAACCUGCAAAGAGAAUCAAAUUCACUGUGUAUUCGAUUUGAUUAAGAGUUCAAAUAAAUACGUAUAUAUAGUAGUACCA